GCACACUUUUUCAAAUCCAUUUCAAAACAUCUAGGAAAGCACAAUCAGAAGUAUCUCUGUCAAGGUCUGUAUAUUGGACAUAUUUUGGAAUCUAUGGGCGCUGCAGUUAAAGGGAAAAAGUAUGAAGCCAGAUAUUGGCUAUACUACUUAUCCUCCAAAGGAGAAAACCGAGCUAGUGCUAGUGCCACUGCAGAAGAAAGCUCAUCAGACAAUGUUCCACUCAUCAAUUUGGCAAAGACUGCCAAGAGGAAGCAUGUGGUGUCUCCCUCUCCAAGUGUUGAAGCACCACAGAACCUUGCUUUGAUCUAUUUGGAAGAGGAAGAAGAAGUCUCUGACCAUGGAGAACUUCAAAGGAAGAAGAAGAGGAAGAUCAACUCUCCAUCAACAUCUGGAAAUGUCAAUCCGGAUGAGUUGAAGGAGAAGGAACCUGCUGAGGAAACCUCUGCCCAAAACCGGAGCCCUCAACAACUUGAAGAAGAAAUUCCUCAACUCUACUAUGAUUGGAAAGCUUGGAAAGUUGGAAAUUCAGCAGAGCAACUGUUGAAUUGGGACCAACAACUGAAGAAUGAGAAGAUCAUCAAGAAAAGCUUAGGAAUACCAGUCAACCACAACUGUGAACAAAUUUUGGAUGACUACUGGGUAUGGCAAAGGAACCAUGAAGACUUGCAUCUGGAAUACCUAGCCAACACACCAGUUUCAGACUUUGAAGCAGAUGAUGAAGAUCCUGCAGUCUUCAAGCCAGUCUUCUCAAAAGACACAGAAGAUCAAGUGGUUCUAACUUCUGAAGCACAAGGUGUUUUGGAAGCAGCAGCUGAAGAUUUCCAAACACUUCCGGAAACCACACAUGCUUCUGAAAUGGUUCUAACUGAAGUUGUAGAAGAGAAGGCAACCUCUCCCCUACUAGAACAGAACCACAAAAUAGCAGAAGAAGAAGAAUUUCAGCAACUGGGUCAAUCUCAAGUUCUUGAGAUUCUCACAACUGCAUGUGAGAUCUCCAAUCCUACUGAAAUUGAGAUCCCGGAGAAGUCAGCAGAAAUUCCGGAACAGUCAGCUCUUCCAGAAACAAUGGAGCAAGCUGUUGAAGCGCAAAGGAAUUCUGGAGAAGCUGAAAAGGAAACUCAAAUGGCAGAACUAGAGGUCUCUCAAACUCCAGUAGCCAUUUUUGAAGAACAGAAUGCAGCUGAAGAAAGAGACUCCCUCUCUAGGGAUAUAUCAAAUUUUGCGCUUGAUGAAGCAGAAGGAGAGUCUGAAAGAACACUGAAGGUUACUGAUGAAGAAGAUGUACAAGAAGAUGCUGAAUCUCUUCCUAUGCAACUCUUCCAAAGAACACCAUCCUCUCAUCAG